AGAUAAACAACACACCUUCCCCCUCUGCAGCAAACAGCAUUAAUCACACUGCAUAGUCAGACAUCAGUAGGAAUUUUCUGGUUUUGUUACUCCUUUGAAGUUGCUGAGGAUGAGGGCGUUGAUCUUCUCUCUGGUUUUACUGGCGUCUCUGGGGGCCUUUCAUUGUGCCCCUGAUACUGCCCCACCUCCGAUAUCAGCCAGCACUCUCAAACGCCUGUCUCUGGAAGGGGAGAAGCUGGUGGAUCAGGAGGUCAGCAAAGCACUGUUUGGGAUCAAACAAAUGAAGGAGGUGAUGGCCAGGAACGAAGAGAAACAUGCAAACCUCAUGAAGUCCCUCAGGCACAGCGGGGAGAAGAAAAAGGGGGCAGCAGAGAUCGCACAGGAUAUAGAAAAGAAGCUGAACGAAGCAGAGCAGCAAUGUAAGGAGUCUCUAAAGUCCUCCUGGGAGGAAUGUCGACCUUGUCUUGAGGACACCUGUAAGAACUUCUAUACCAACACCUGCCGCCGUGGAUUCGCCACCUUCACCAAUAAACUACAGAACUUCUUCCAAAGGCUGAGCUCUCGCUUUGGCCUUCGUGAUACUCAGGAUGAGGUUGUGCUGAACCAGAGCGCAGAGAAUCCUGACCUGGAGGUGGUGAGGAUCGAGGACUCCUUCAGCAACCUGCUCACCAAAGUGGGAAGUCUGGUCAAUCGCAGUGUCGUGCUGGUCUCCCACUUCCACCAUGAGCUGGACCAGGCCCUACGAACGGCUUUCAGCCCUGAGCUUCAGGAGGAUAAAGAGAGGGAGCUGGUGCUCAAGCCUGCCAACAAAGCUCUGGAGGGUGUGGGACUGGAAGAUGUGCUGGAGUCCUUCUUUGACUUUGGCAGAAGUGUGUUGGAGGAGUUUGGGGCCGUAGUCACACAUGCCUUCAGUGACAUUCAUGAUGCUAUGGAGAAGACAGAGGAGGAGAAAGAGAGGAAACUCUUCCCUCAGCUUCUACAGGACAAGAGGCUGUGCAAAGAUCUGCGCAGACAGUCCUCAGAGUGCUGGCAGCUGCAGAGCAAGUGUGAGGCCUGCCAGGGAAACUUGUUUACCGAAUGCCCAAAUGUAAGAGAACUACACAUCGAGUUGGAUGACGCCUCUCAGCUGUUGGAAGCGUCCAAGCAGCAGUACGAAGAGGUGCUGCAUGUGCAACGUCACACUGAUGACACCAUCAGCUGGCUCAGCAACAUGGCCUCUGACUUUGGUUGGGUGACUGAGCUCGCCAAUAACAACACCACACCUGAGAGCAUCUUCAGUAUUGCCACGUUUGUGGCACAGACCGAGGAGGGCGACAACACCCCAGCAGCAGACACUACAGUGGAAGUGAAUAUUCUCAACUCCCCCACUCUCACCCUGACCGUUCCUGCGGGUCUCAGGCUGCAGGAUCCUGCCUUCAUGCAGUAUGUGGCACAGGAGGCUCUGGGCAUGUACAAGCAGAUGGCCAGGCAUGAUGAUGUAUAAUCUACAAGUCAUCAGUUUUCUUCCCAGCACUAACCAGGGUACACUGGUAUAUUCUAUGUAUUUAGUUAUAUUUUAUGCAUUGUGUUAAGUUUAAAAGUCAAGUCACUGCAAUUAUUGUUAUUUAUUUAUGGUCUUCUCAUGUGACAGGUUCCAGUUAGCUGCAUUUGUAACUUGUCUUGUGUUAACUGACUUAAACAUCAGUAUGCCAGAAAUGUACUUAUAUCAAUGUGUGAUUGUAAACAGGUAUAACAAUCACUCCUUAAAAAUAAUUUACUUUUAGUGCAAAACCAUUUCUCGUUUAUUACAUCUGUUGGCCUUUAUGCGUUCACUCUGGGAAAUCUAAAAACUAUAAAGCAUUAUAAAUGUUUAAUAUAAUUCUUGAGCAUGUUUCCAUGGAACCUUGUUUCUGUCUCGGAGUAAAAAAAUGUAAUUGUGUGAAACUUACAAUAAUAAAUAAAGCCACAUUGAGAUAUGCACUGAUAUUGCAAGAUCCAAAUUCAGAUUAUGCACUUUUUUUUUUUUUUACACUGUCAGGUGGAAAAGAGCUUCCAUGUUUCUGUUCAGUCCCAAUGCCAUCUACCUAAAUUUUCGAGUUCCAGUUCAAAAGUCUGAACAACACAAACACACAUGAUUUACAAAUAACCCCAUGGAGUUAAAAGCAUUACGUAAAACUUUAUUUUUUACUGUACAAAUUCUUCAGAUUAGUAAUCAUAACCAUUGUUUCACAACAACCGUCCUCAUCAAACUCUGCAGCGGAGACCCUCAUCUUACAUUAGAGUAUUUUCUUUCUUUUGACACAAAGAACAAAAAUCAAUAACAGAGUUUUGCACAAACUUGCCUGUAAGCCCUUGUAGUGAUGGGAGAGAUGUCUAGUGGAUGUCCUGGAUACAGGAGGAGACAAGUCCCUAGAACAAAGGGCUCACGUACAGGAAGGACAAAAGCAAGGCCUCUCGCUAUAUAUGUAAAGCUACAUGACAAAAAGGGAGACGAAACCAACAAAUUAGCCCUCCAAACGAUAUCGGUCUGAUUCAUCCCAAGUGCAUUCAAUUCCUUGUCAUGGAUAAAA